ACUUAUCAUUUGGGCUUCUUUUGCCAUAUAAGGCAAACUCGUGUACUCUGCUUUCACAAAUUACUCACGUAUUGCAUUUAUAAAACAUAUAAAUAAUUUUGCUAACUUUAUCUUAUUCAUAGAAUACAUUUAGAAUUUACUGAACUUUUAAUAUUUUAUAAGUUCUUUAAACUUAAAUACACACGUUAUUUUAUUUUGUCCAGUCAAAUUAAACAAUCAUCGUUACAUGCGACUUUGCAACGGAUUUACGAUUCACAAAGAGGAAUUUUUGCCGAAAUUGACUUGACACGAGAUCAGUUCCGACCCACAAAAUGGCUUCGGGAGUACAAGCAAAUGGUGAAUGCACGACGGUAUUUGAAAAGUUAAAGGGGUCAUUCCAGGUUAAGGAUGAGGGAGAGGAAGAAAUUGGAAGAUUUGUCAUAAUGAAACUGAAUAAAAAUAAUUCAGAAAUUAUAGUCGAGUACAAAUCUAAGCCUGAAGAAACAUUUGAUGAUUUCCUGGCACUAAUGGAUGCAGCCGCCAAAGCUGGUGAAGGGAGAUAUGCGUUUUAUGACGUUCUAAAACCAGACCAAGAUGAGAAAGCACAUAUAGGAGCAAAAGGAGAUAUGGCUAUGAUAGUUUGGUGCAGUGAUGAAGAAUGUGGUAUCAAACAGAAAAUAUUAUAUGCCAGCUCAAAAGGUGCACUAAAGAAGGCCUGUACUGACUCUGUGAACGAAUUCCAAGCUAACGAUUUGGCUGAUCUUACUUUGGAAGCAUUGCAAUCCAAAUGUAAGAGAUAAGAAGCCUUACUUGGGUUUCAUAUAGACAAUACCAGAAAUACAUUUUUCAUUAAUCUCUUGAAUUUCAUUUUUAAUUUUUGUUGUCAGCUAAUAUUUUGGAAUCAAAUGCUCUUAAGAUAUUGUUUGAUAGAAAAGGACUUACAGUGUUAAGAUUUUAGUUAAAUGUACAUGUAUAUCAUGCUAUUAUUAAAAGGAAUUGUUCAAUGUUA